UCCCUGCCCACUUUCCAGUGCUGUUCACGCAACGUCUUGGUACCGGGGUGUGGUAUGGUCUCACUUUCCACUCAAUACCAACGCUGGAAUCUUAAAACCCUAUUCAUUCACACACUGUAAUUAUUACCAUAUGAUGAGACGCCUGCACUUUAUCUAAACAUAAGGCCUCUGUUGAGACAAGGGAAGUCAAAACUACACAAUAAGGAUGGGAAUCCUUAAACUGCUGAAAACUCAGUUCCUGUGCCAUCUCAUUAUCUGUUAUGUGUUCCUGGUCAGUGGGUUUAUAAUCAACCUGCUGCAGCUUUGUACUCUUCCACUGUGGCCCAUUAACAAGCAGCUCGCACGCAAGAUCAACUGCAGAUUGGGUUAUUCCAUUUCUAGCCAAAUGGUGGCACUGUUGGAAUGGUGGUCCGGAACAGAAUGUACACUUUACACGGAUCCGGAAAGCUAUAAUCUCUAUGGCAAAGAAAACGCCAUUGUUGUCCUCAAUCAUAACUUUGAAAUCGAUUUUUUGUGCGGUUGGACCAUCUGUGACAGAUUUGGUAUUUUAGGGAGCUCAAAAGUGUUGGCAAAGAAAGAACUUUCCUAUGUUCCUGUGAUGGGCUGGAUGUGGUACUUCCAGGAAAUCGUCUUCUGCAAAAGGAAGUGGGAAGAGGAUCGCAAGACAGUAGUGCAGAGUCUGCGCAACCUUUGGGAUUACCCCGAAAACUUUUGGUUCCUGUUGCACUGUGAGGGUACACGAUUCACUGAGAAGAAGCACAAGAUUAGUAUGGAGGUGGCAGAGAAGAAAGGUCUCCCCAAACUCAAGUACCAUCUUCUACCUCGGACCAAAGGCUUUUGCAUUACAGUCCAGAACCUACGGGGAACGGUUACUGCUGUGUACGAUUCUACACUUAAUUUCAGAAACAACGAAAUGCCAACUUUACUUGGAGUGCUCAACGGUAGAAAGUACCAUGCUGAUUUAUAUGUGAGGCGGAUUCCUCUGGACUCAAUCCCAGAGGAUGAGUCGGAAUGUGCAGCCUGGCUCCACAAACUCUAUCAGGAGAAGGACCAAUUCCAAGAGCAUUACAGGCAGACAGGUCAGUUUCCAGGACCCAUUAUGAGCCCCCCACGCCGGCCUUGGUCCUUGCUGAACUGGCUCUUCUGGGUCUGUGUGCUGGUUUACCCUCUCUGCAUGCUUCUGCUACAACUACUGCUGUCAGGGUCCACCUUCAAUAUCAUCUCUACAUUUGUCAUUUGUGUGGCAGCAUCAGUUGGUAUGCGCUGGAUGAUCGGACAGACUGAGAUUGACAAGGGUUCAAACUAUGGGAAUAAAGCAGUGCAGAUGAACAAUAACUAAGGAAUUACUUGCAUCCCAAAGCAACAAAAUCAUGCUAAUGUGAUGAGCUAUUUACCGAUAUGAGGACAUUUUCACAACACAAGAAGUGGCAAAACUUGCAAAGUGAAACCACUCACAAGUGAAAUUUGAGGAAGAAUGAGGAACUCGGAAAAGUGACCCAGCCCUGUGUGUCUCGAGAGAAAAAGUCAACCUUUAACACACUUUUGACUCACCACAUAUUCAUGAAUGAAACAUGGAGGCCAUUAAAAAAAAA